AUGCCACCUCCCAAACACACACGGCUGCAGUCGAGACUGCUUGCGUACGUUGCUAUUACUCUCGUAUGCCUUGCGCCGCCAUGGACCUCGCGGGCGCCCCGGUCCUUCUUCGCACAUGCUGCAGACGUAGCCACUCCCAUCGACUUUGGAGGAUACCCUGGCCAGCCCAUUCUGCCUGGCCUUGAGGGCGCAGAGCUGGCACUCGUACAAGAUGAUGGAGACUCCACAGGGGAACAAAGAGAUGGCUAUGCGCCCGACUUUGCCUAUCUCGACCGAAGUCUGAUUGGACGCCAAGAAGCCCAAGUGGACAGGCUGGUAUUGGACCAGAAGUUGGGCAAGGAUAUCACAAAGGGCGUUACAAUGCAUUUUGUGUUGGAGAAGAGCCAAUUGCGCUUGAAGCGCUCAGUCGACACUCCGAUGGAAGCGCUGGAAGCCUCCGGGAUGGAAAAUGUGUCAGAAGGAGCAUUGCAGGACGACGCAGACGACAGCUUACGCGAUGAGCUGCACAAACGGCAGGCUGCGACGAGUCUGGUCUCGAUAACAGCCACCACAUGUAAUCAACCGAUGCCCGUUGACAAUUUUAUGCCACAGAGCCACCCCCAACUCGUCAUGUACGUCUCAAACUCGACUCGGAAUCAAAGACCAGGACCAGACUCGACCAAUGGCCUCGUCACCAAUAUCACAGGCGUCAUUUUCGACAGUGGCUAUGCGCGGUUUGACUUCAAUGCUACUGGCGAUCUCUACAUUGGCAUAUCGGCGCCGGUCCUCAAGGAUGAGGAAUGGUUUGGAAGCUGGCACUUUGAGAUUGCUGCCAGUGUGUAUGGGCCAUACCACAGCUACGACAACUCGACUCCUUUCCUCUUCAUGGUAGAUACAGACAGUGACUCUACUCUCUUCGUCACCAACGAUAUCGCAAUGCCAAAUGACACUACGAGCCUCGACACGUGGAGGCAGCAGAAUCCCUUCGUAAUGUACGCCUUUGAAGCAGGUGAAUGGACCAUCAUCUCUGGCAUUGAACACUCGUACUGUGCGCUUGCGGAGAAGUUCAACUCAAAUUCGACCAAAGAAUUCACUAUUCAAACGAACGUCACUACUAAAUUUGGUGAGGGACACUUGCCUAGGAGUCAGUUCAACGUUCAGGGUCUGGACAGAGAUAAGUUGUACAACGGCUUCGUGGUCGUGACUGAGACAAAUGUCACAUCCUCGCUCGAUUCUGUGGGCGUAGUAAAGGCCGGUGGCAAAGUGUUCCAGCCAUUUCAGUGGAAGACGAAAGCUCAUGACUCCUGCCAGGUCCUCUUCAACCUUGAAUUCUGCGAUGAGGUUGCUCACGCCGUGCCCUCUUCUCCCAAAUAUCGCAACGACGACGCCGGCCUGGCCGCAAUCUACGACGAAAAAGCUCGCGAAUACUACGCCAAUUUCAGCAAGUCGCUCUCCCAAGUAGCCUGCGAAACGGCGGGGGAAUCCCAAUAUUCGCUUGCCAAAACCUGUACAGACUGCGCAAGAGACUACAAAAACUGGCUCUGCACCGUUCUUGUCCCACGUUGCGAAGACUAUACCGCUCCAGGCGAUUGGCUCCAACUCCGUCGCAUCAAUGAAUUACUCCCCAAUCAGACGGUCACUAUUAAUGGUAAUAUCACGUUGAGAGGCGAUAACACGACGCUCGCGUUCAACGAGACCUAUCGCGAUCGCUUUGCCUACAGUCAGAGUCGCCAUCCUUUUAUCGACGAGCUCAUCCAACCAGGGCCGUACAAAGAGCUCAAGCCAUGCGAAGACCUCUGCUUCGACAUUGUCAAGAGCUGUCCUGCCCAGCUCGGCUUUGUCUGUCCCAAUUCCCCGGCCAGGGAGUUGACCUAUGGGCAGCGGGAUGUCGACGCGCUCAAGUGCAGUUAUCCGGGCGCCGUGGUGAAGUUGAACGUCAAGGCUGGCGCAAGUUUGUUGAGCAGAGAUGUUGGCAAGGUCUGGAUAGCAGCAGUUUGUACGGCACUCUUCUUGUUGGUCGCGUGA